GCCAACACGAACCAAACACACCCAACACAUACCAAAGUACACCAACCACCACCAUCACUAUGAAAGCCGUCGCCACUAUCAUCCUGACCCUCGCCACGCUGGCAUUUGCCGCGCCCAACCCCCACGCCGAUGCCGACGCCCUCGCUGCCCGGCAGAGUUGUACGUACUCGUGCCAGUGCCUGGACCCAAGGGGCAACGCACUCGUCGACAUGAACAAUGAGUGUUGCCCGGGCGGCAACGUGAGAGAAGACAGGACGACCUGCAAUAUCCCCAUCUUCCCCUUGGCGGUGGGGUACGCCGCCUGCUGUCAGGACGACGGCCGCCCUGUGUGCCAGCCGAGCGGCUCUGGCUGCCCGACUAUCCCUGUUUAGACUGGGUAGUUGUAUGAGAGGUGGAAAUGAGGUGGUUAUAGCUAGUAACUGGGAAAGAGUUGGAGAGUGUUGGGCAUGGCAUUAGUGUUGGUAGCAGAAUGGAAUACAGUAGUUUGUCCAUUUG